UCUGUUGGUAGACAUGAUUUUAUUAAUUAGAGGGUGGGGGGUGUAAAAAAUUAUUAUUUUUAUCACAUUUAUGUAAAAAUGGCUGAUCAAGUGUUAAGGGAAUUAGAGGCUGCUGCACAAGUUGUUUUAGCGCCUCCGAAUCUUGUGAACGCUGAGCAGAGACAAUCGGCAGAAGCAGUGUUCCUUAAUUUUCGAAAAACAAAAUCGCCCUAUGUACUUUGUCGACAAAUAUUGGAGACAUGCACCGUAGACUAUGUUCUCUUUGAAUCGGCUGGUUUAAUAAAAUCAGCGUUAAUUAGAGAAUGGACAUUUUUGCCACCAGAGGAUAUUGUCUCAUUGAGACAAUAUCUUUUGCAUUAUAUCAUCACGAAACCCACAUUGGCAUUAUUCGUGAGGGAAAGAAUAUUGCAAGUUAUUGCAAUAAUGGUGAAAAGAGGAAGCGUGGAAGAUAUGGGUGAAGAGAGACGUCAAAUAUUAAAUGAAGUUGAAAAUCUCAUUAUGAGCGGAGACAUGCAAAGGCAACUUUUGGGAUGCAGCAUAAUAUCAUCUCUAAUGCAAGAAUAUGCAACGACUGUAAAAUCCUCCGACGUUGGAUUAACAUGGGAGACUCAUUUUAAAGCCAAGAAACAAUUUGAAUUGACUGAUUUAAAGAGGAUAUUUAAAUUUUGCAUUGGAGCACUCGGAGAAUUGACUAAAGAGAAUAUACGUGAAGAAACAUUACCACUUGUCAAACAUCUUUUGGUCAUAUCAGACAACAUUCUCCUAUGGGGAUUCAUUUAUGCAAACUUGCCAAAAAGAUUAAUAGGAGUUUUUGAAACUGUUCACGAAUCGGAUGUACCAUCAUUACGUUUGAAUAGUUCCUGGCAAGAUGUGAUUCUCGAUCCAGCUGUUUUAGACUUAUUUUUUACUCUCUACUGGAAAGUUCGUACCAAUCUACAACUCGCUCAUCAUGCAAGGAAUUGUCUUGUUCAAUUGGGAAGUCUGAAUAUGAUUGGUUUCUCUAGUUCUGGAAAAUUACAGUAUCUGACAAAUUAUUUACAAAACUUCCUUAAACUUCUCUCCAAUAUUGAAAUUAUCGAUCAGGAAGCUCUUGGAAUUGCUAGAAUUAUAAGAAAAAUCAUGACAUUCUUCCAAAAUACAUUAAAAUCAUUGCCCGAAGAUUUAUUCAAAUCGUUCAUGGAACAAAUCACGAGAUUAACUUGUCUAUUUGCUGAAGGCGCUGCUCGCGAGGAGUCUAUGUGUGCAGACGAUUGUUUAUACAUGGAAGCAUUCGAGAGAAUGCUUGACAUUUGGAGCACAAUUACAUGCCAAUACAAUUUGUGUCCUAAUGAAUUUAAUGAAAAUAGUUUUGUACAAAUAUUUAAUACGUACCUUCAGUGCCACUUAUCACCUCCUGAUGGUAGCAGAGGAGCAGGAGGCAGAGAAAUCAGCAACGAAGAAAUUAAUUCAAACGAGGCAGACGAUAGAACUAAAUUUAAUUAUCAGUUACACAGUAUAGGAAAUUUGGGAAGAGAAAUUCCGGGUCAUUCGCUACCACUUUUAGCCCGACUUCUUGAAGAUCGAACGAGCCGGUUGCGAGCUCAACUUAGCAGUAUAUUAAGUCAAAAGAUGACAGCCAAUAUUCCAAUAACACUUGAAAACAUUUAUGAAGAUUUACAUUGGAUAAUUCUCCUCGCGAGUCACGUUCUCUGUAUGGAAUCAGAAGGAGAAGUGCCUACAAUUCCAUCAGAAAUUAUGCGCUACAGCAUGAAACAGGUACAAAAUGGCCAAGUCGAUGUAAAUACAACAUUGCAGCUUUUGGCAUCACCACAAAGUAAUUUAUCGGACAUAAAUGGUGCUGAACAAUCAGCAGAUCACGUUGUUAGACUGACGGCCGCUGUUUUUCGAAUAAGCGAAAUUGAAAAAAUGGCAAUUGAAGCAAACGCGGCAUAUAUAUUGAGUCCUGAAUUAAGUAGUUCGAUAAUGUAUUUUUUACAUAAUUGGUCAUUGAAUUAUUUGAUGCCAAAUGAAGCAAAUUACUCGGAGAUUAGUACAAUAUUUUUGCAAGCUUUCGGUGAAGAGAGCCCGGGAGGCAUGUGGACUGUUAACUUUUUAUUGGAAAAAGUUCUCUAUAUGAUUGAAUCAUUCAAAGGAGAGCAAACUUUAUUAUUAUUGAUUAUUCAAUUAUUAUCGGCAUUGGCUCAAUCACAAACCAAGUCUGGGGCUUUACUGCAAUCCGAUCAUUUUCCGAGAUUGGUCGACUUAGCGACAAAGGCACAUUUAGAUUUGUCACAAAUUGCAAAGCGAGGUCUAUCGAAGGUUAUUGUUCAAGUUGGUGGAGCUAUUCAAGAUGCAUGUAAUAAGGAGCAAUAUUGGUCGCAAACUUUGCAACCUUUACAGAAUAGAUUCAAAGAAAUUAUUUCUAAUGAAUCCUUCUCUAGAUCGUAUCAUCAAGAGAAUGUCAAAAUGCAAAUUAUCGAUAUACUCGAAUCAAUUAUAGGGGUCGUUCAAGGAGUUCAAAGUUCAACGGUUGAUAGCGUUUUUCAAUAUACGAGUGUUAUUCUAAAUGAACUUCCUCAACUUCUCUCGUUAUAUAAUAAUUAUGAACAAGUGGUGCAACUUAUUUUGGAAUUAUUUUGCGAGUGCUCGAAAGGAAUGCUUUGCUAUUUAUCGGAGUCAAAUAGCUCACUGAUGUUUCAAGCGUGUUUGCAUACUGUUCAAACGUAUGCACGAUGCAACACAAAUCGAUCGACUAUUGAUACAACGGCUGAGGAAGACAGCUUUCAGGAUAUUCUUCUGCUCAUGAAACUUUUAACGAAUUUACUUGGCAAAGACAUUUUUGACUUGAGUCUCCCGGAUCCUGAUUCUAGUCGCGAUCAACCUUUUACAUCCGUGAAUGUAUUUUUGUAUGGUUUGAAUAUUGUGAUGCCCAUGAUGACCAUUGAUUUACUCAAGUUCCCCUCCUUAUGUUUACAGUAUUUUAAAAUGAUCACCUUCGUGUGUGACGUUUAUCCCGAGAAGGUUUGCGCACUGCCGGAAGAUUUACUGCAACAUUUACUUGUCUCAGUGGAAUUGGGCUUUUUCUCAUUUGGACAUGACGUUACUAUUUUGUGCUGUGAUAUGGUCCAUGUUAUGGCCAUGCAUAUUUUUAAGGAAAUUAACAAAGGACAACCAAGAAAUCAACUCAUGGCCCCAUUUUUAAACCUGAUAAUAAAUCUCAUCUUCAAUCAUCAAAUCAAUUCGGAUCUCAUAUCUCACACGGUUACACCAUUGUAUUAUUUAAUUUGCUGCUAUCAGGAGCAAUAUCAGCAAAUUGUCCAGGAUGUCUUAUCAUCUCAAGAGAAUACACAAAUUGCCGAAAGACUCGCAGCAGCUUUCACCGAACUCACAGCUAAUAUUGCAUUAAACGGCGAACGUGUAACAAUGAUUAAGUUCAAAGACAAUUUUGACAAAUUUAUUGUCAACAUACAAGGAUUUUUAAUAGUCAAGUAAAAUUAUGUCCAUUGUACUUACUGUAAUACAUUUUUUACGACUCUCCCAGUAAUUACAAAAGAAAAAACAAAAAAAAAAAAAAAAUUGUGAGUGUAUACGUUUGUAAUCUUAAGAAAAAAGUGAAAUGAUUUCUACUAAAAAAACUGAAAAAGACGAAUUUUCGGAAUGUCACAACGAAUUGAUUUCCGAAUAUUUUUAAUACAAGCGUACAAAUACAAAAAAUAAUAAUCAAGCCAAUACAUUCUUCCAGUCAUCGAAGCUUGAGAAUAUUUUUCGAAUACAAAUGUUUUCAAUUCUCGAUAAAUAAGAGAAUUUUCUGAGUUCUUUUUUUUAAAUGAUAAAAAAAACAGAGAACUUUCAGAAUAAUCAAGAACUCCAAUAUUUAAAAAAAAACUCGAUUUCUUUUUUUAAAGAAUCAAUUAUGCUGUGAAAGUUAAAUUUUAAAGUACCAGUAUUUAAUCUACACGAAAAAAUUAUUCUGCUCUAAAUCGACUCUUAUUGCACAGCACGAAAAAGGAAUAUUUAAGCUCUAAUUGUAUCGCAAAAAUUCAGUCCAUUUGUAUAAUUAUUGUGACGUUAUUUAUGCAAUGAAAAUGUGCUCAUAAAUAUUCUAUAAAAAUUUUCUAAAUAUGACUGAUAAUUCUUACUAUUAUAGUAUUGCUGUUUGUCGAAAUCGAUAAAAGAAAAAGAGCUGAAAUCAAAAUUUUAUCUAAUUGUGUUAAAUAUUGUAUUGGUACUUUAUUGCAAAACAAUUUAACAAAUGAAACUAAAAUACUACUUAAUUUUAAAUUUAGAGAAGUUAAAAGUUAUUUUUAAAUUCACUUUUUUAACACUUAAAAUAGAUAUCAAGCAGAACUGAUAGACUGAGAAUAUUUUCUCUUCAAAAAAACUUGGAUUAUAUUUUCAAAAUUUGACACUAAUGCACAUUUCCUGUUAUAAAAAAAACUACAUUUUUUUCGCUUGUUAAAACACGUAUAAAAAAAAAUGAAAAUUUGAUAUCACUUUGUCCACUGUUUAUAUUUCCUCGAUUUGAGUAUUAUGUACAGUGAUUUUUUUUUUGUUGCCUCCCUUUUUGUGGAUUCAUCCAAACGACUCCAUUUCAGUGUAAAAUUGAAAAAUCGAAUUUUCAAUAAAAUCUGUACAUAUUA